GAACGAGCGUGUUGCACAUCGAAACCGAGCCCACAAUGGAGCAAUUCAUGAGCUGCUCCGUCCAUGGCGUUUCUGCUUGAGGCAUUCUUUGGCCCAUGUCGCCCGGAAGCUGCAUGCUCCAACUGCAAGGAGCAGGAAGCCGAGCUGCUGACCUCCGCCCUCAUCGAGAGGCUGGAACGCGCCAACUCUUCGGUGGAAUCCCAUCCUGGUCAGCUUGGAAAUCAGGCCCAGGUGCGCAAAGGCAGUAUGGGUGCUUUGUCUGGCUUAAGGACACUACAGGUGCCACCCGAGUUCGAAGGGGCUCAGAAGCGAGUCCUCCAGGGAGCCAAUGGCGAUCUUUCCGAUCAGAAGGAACAACAGCGGUGCCUGCAGGUCUGCGUGCGUGCCUUCACCAAGGCACUCUUGCAAGGCGUCAACGUUUGCGUGCUCCUGGAUGAUCAUCGGACACGCCUGGCGGAGGCGCGCCUGGAUUCGGAUCUCACCCACUUGGUGCUCCAUGUGCCCCACACGCAGCACCCGGUGGCCUUGAGGUGCAUCGAAGGUGUGUCUUGUCCAACUUCCACUUGGCCGACAGUGAGCUACAGCGAGGAGCCUCGGUUCUUCCGGUGCCGAAGCGAUCGAAGCGUUCCAACACGCGUACCACACCACACCGGUGGACAGGGGCAGUACUUGACCUUUGUCUUCGACAACACUCGGGUCCGGGAGUACUUCGAGAUGUGCCUCAAGGUUCUCAUCCUUGCCAAAGGCAGGAUGAGGGACGAGGAAUACAAAGAGGCUUCCGAACAGAGCCCGAAUAGCGAGCCUAAGGUCGAGAUCUCCUCCUGUUGAGCGCUUCGCCUCGCCGGGCCGAGCGGUAGGUCGCACACACGGCGAAGAAAAGGGCGAAG